AUGGCCUUCUCUGUGGGUGUGAUGUCGGCCAUGUACCUCUCCAAGGGCAUCUCAGGUGCCCAUCUGAACCCAGCUGUGACUCUCAGCUUCUGCGUGUUGGGACGAGUGCCAUGGAACCGACUCCUGCCAUACGCCCUCUCCCAGCUGUUAGGGGCUUAUGUUGCUUCUGGACUGGUUUACCUGGUCUACUAUGACGCAAUCAUGGACUUCAGUGGCGGCGUUCUGACUGUUUACGGUGCCAAUGAGACUGCAUCUAUUUUUGCGACCUACCCUUCAGAGUUCAUAUCUUUGGGAAGAAGUUUCCUGGACCAGGUGGUGGGAACCGGCAUGUUGAUGCUGUGCAUCUUGUGCUUGGACGAGAAAAGAAACACUCCGGCUCCGACCGAGCUCAUUCCUGCCAUUGUGGCUGUGGUGGUCCUGGGAAUCUCGAUGUCCAUGUCAGCCAACUGUGGCGCUGCCAUAAACCCUGCCAGAGACCUGGGGCCGCGCCUCUUCACUCUGACUGCAGGCUGGGGCUCCGAGGUCUUUACAUGCUACAACUACUGGUUUUGGGUUCCGGUGAUUGCCCCGCUUAUUGGAGGGGUAGUUGGCAGUUGCAUGUAUUUGAUCUUCAUUGACUGGCACCUGCCGGAUCCUGGCACAUCUGCGGACUCAACAUCUGUCCUCAAAAGAGGUGAAGGAGGAGCAGCUUCUGCCUCCUCCCCGCUGGUGGUAACCGGACCGUCCCUCACCUCCAGCAAGCUCAUCACCGCCUCCAUCCGUCCAACCACCAGUGACCUCACCACCCCGUCUGCCUCACAUCCGAGCCCGGAACACCUCGCCAUGUCUCAGCCCGAAUACUUCUGCUGA